GACGGAUAUAAGACCCAAUUUGAUGAAGAGGGCCGUGUGGUCUGGAGAGACAUCAUUCUGCCUAUCCCAACCGACCCUGGAGAGAAAGUGGAUGUAAGUCAACACACACACAAACACACACACACAGUGGGUUUGUUUACUCAUUGCUGAGUCUUCUGACAGAUGGGGAGGAUAAAGUGUCCAUUGCUGUUGGUCGUCGGGGAGGAUGAUCAGAACUGGGCGACAGUGAAAUCUGCAGAGGACGUGAGUACAAACACGAUUAAAAUCUUCUUAUGAAAUCAAUAAUUGUCAUUGAUGCUGAAUGUGACCUCUGACCUGCAGAUGGCCCAGAUGAUGCGUGCAGCGGGUAAUGAGCACCUACUGACCAUUCUAAAAUACCCUGAUGCUGGACACCUCAUUGAGCCGCCCUACACACCCCACUUCAGAGCCAGCAACUUCAUAGUGCCUCAAACACGACAGAAAGGUACUGUACACACACACAGCUCACACCUAUAGUAUACACAUCUGAACUAAGAUAUAUGUAUAACCAAUUCUUUACUCGCAAAGUAACUAAUGAUUGUGUGUGUGUGUUGCAGUGAUCAUGUUGUGGGGAGGGUACCCAAAGCCGCACGCCGAUGCUCAAGAAGACUCCUGGGAAAAGAGCCUUGGCUUUCUACGGCAACACCUGUACCCCAGCCAUGCCUCUGGCCCUAAGGCCAAGCUG